CUUUUCUCUAUUGCUUAUAAAUACAUAUCCUACUUAUAAAAGGUAGAAUGUGUUCAGUCCUCUUUCAAAAGUUACACUGUCUCAGUUUAAGGAUUUUGAAUGUGGAUGUGAUAAGACAGAACGGUCAUCAAGUGACCUGCUUGGUUUGUCACAUUUUCAUUUCUAUUUACUCUUGUCACUACAUUCAUCAGUGUGAGAUUUUCAGAUAUGAAAGACACUGAUUAGCCAAAAGGUACAAACUGGGGCUAACAAAGAGCCAUGACUCAACCUACAUGGCCAAAUGUCUAUGUAGUCUAAUGUUGAUGCUGGGGGAUUUAUGACGACCGAGACAAGUCAGGAGGCGUUUUUAUCUAUUGCCUGUUAAUCUAGCAGAGUGGGAGAAGGGCGGCCACUUAAUUCAUUAGGUCUCCUUUAAGCCCUCUCCCCUGCUGCCCCUCCUCAUUCGCCAGCAUGACGCUCCCUCCUCACUCACACAUUCCUCCCCUCCGCUCUCUAACUUUGCUUCGUCCCUGAAAAAAAAAAACAAAACCCUAAAACUUUUCAACCAUAUUGAUAAUCUUUCUAAAACCACCGCUGCGACGGGAAGAAAUGACUCUUCUAAGGACGGGUAGACGGAUCUUUGAGCACCGCUUCUGACGGCUGAGCUCCUUCGGCAAUGCCACAGUCUCCUCUCUGAUGAGACGAUGAGAACCCACACCCGUGGGGCCCCCACAGUCUUCUUCAUAAGUCUGCUGUGGCCCCUGCUUGUCCCGGUGGUGGCAGUAGCAACGGAAGUGGACCCCAAUGGAGAAAUCGCCUUCAUGGGAGGCAACUAUGAUGGGCAUCCCAUGUUGUACUUCAGUCGGGGGGAUGUGGAGGAGCUGCAGUAUGCAGCUACAGGAACUCAUCGGGACAUGGCGAGGAGGAUCCGUGAAGCUGGGGAAACCAUGCUGGAUCACCCAGAGGAGUACCUGCCCCCCUGGAGCCCCACAGAGUUCAGCGCUCGCUGGAACGAGGUGUACGGAAACAACUUGGGCGUGCUCUCCAUGUUCUGCCUACUGUACCCUCACAGGGCCGGGGCGCUCGACCUAGCCAAGGACUACAUGGAGAGGAUGGCGGCUCAGCCUAGUUGGCUGGUCAAAGAUGCCCCGUGGGAUGAAGUUCCUUUAGCGCACUCUUUGGUUGGGUUUGCCACCGCUUACGACUUCCUGUAUGAGUACUUGAACAAGGGCCAACAGGAGCGUUUCCUCCAGGUAAUCGGCAACGCAUCACGCCUGAUGUACGAGAAGUCUUACAUCCGAGGCUGGGGGUUCCAGUACCUGCACAACCACCAGCCCACCAACUGUGUGGCUCUGCUCACAGGAAGCCUGGUUUACAUGACCCAAGGUUACCUUCAGGAGGCCUACCUGUGGACCAAGCAGGUCCUGUCCAUCAUGGAGAAGUCCAUGGUCCUUCUGCAAGACGUGACAGAUGGCUCCCUAUAUGAAGGAGUGGCCUAUGGGACUUACACCACCCGCUCUCUGUUCCAGUACAUGUUCCUGGUGCAGCGCCACUUUGCCAUCAGCCACUUUGACCACCCCUGGCUCCUUAAACACUUUGCCUUCCUCUACAGGACUAUUCUGCCCGGAUUUCAGCGGACUGUAGCCAUUGCAGAUUCCAACUACAACUGGUUCUAUGGGCCAGAAAGCCAGCUGGUCUUCUUGGACCGCUAUGUGUUGCGUAAUGGCAGUGGAAACUGGCUGGCAGAUCUGAUUCAUCAGAACAGGGUGAUGGAAGGGCCAGGGCAGGCUGGAAAGGGCCAGCGAUGGUGUACUCUCCAUACAGAGUUUAUCUGGUAUGACCCAAGCCUGAUCCCCAAACCACCUUCAGAUUUUGGAACAUCCCAACUCCACUACUUUGAAGACUGGGGUGUAGUCACGUACGGCAGUGCUUUACCUGCAGGCACCAACCACACCUUUGUCUCGUUCAAGUCAGGGAAGCUGGGAGGACGCGCCAUCUUCGACAUUGUUCACAGGAACAAGUACAAAGAGUGGAUCAAAGGGUGGAGGAACUUUAACGCUGGCCACGAGCACCCAGAUCAGAACACUUUCACCUUUGCACCCAAUGGUGUCCCAUUCAUCACAGAGGCACUAUAUGGACCCAAGUACACGUUGUUGAACAAUGCUGUGUUGUUUGGCUCAGCUGUCUCAGGGAGUUGCUUUAAGCCGUGGGCUGGACAGGUUACAGAAGCCUGCGACUCUAAGUGGUUGAAGUACAAGGUGGGGCUGGCAGCUGAUGCCCAGGGCAGAGUAGAAGCUGCGAUGGAGAGACAGGGAAUUGUCUUCAUCCGUGGAGAGGGACGUUCUGCUUAUAAUCCAGAGCUGAAGAUCAGGAACUUUCAGAGGAACCUGCUCCUUCUUCACCCACAGCUCCUACUCCUUGUGGACCACAUCCACCUGGAUCCUGACAGCCAAACCAGGGCAAUGAGUGCCUUCUUUCACAACACAGACCUGCCAUUCCAGGGCACAAAAGUAGAUGGUGUUCAUGGAGCAUUUGUAUCACACGGUGAGGAAAAGUAUAAGAUGUUCUGGAUGGAUGACACUGGCUACAGUAACAAAGGAGUGAUAGGUUACUGGAAUUAUCCUCGAGGGUACCCAUAUAAUGGCUCUAACUAUGUGAAUGUCACAAUGCCAUUGAGGUAUCCUCACACAAGGGUGGCCUACAUUUUUUUUGGACCAGGGGUGGAUGUACAGAGCUUCAGCCUGCGUGGUGACAACCAGAGAGUGGAUAUUUACCUGGCCACCAAGGAUCACACUUACACCAUCUACCUGCUGACCGGAGAGGUCACCAGUAAGCCUCUAUUCUCCAUGGUGCUGGUGGACCACAAGAAGAUCGUAUUCGAGAAGGCAGCAGUUGCGGUGGACAGCUCGCCAGAGGAAGUAGAGGAGUACGUCAACACAAUGGAGGACAACCUCCAGCACGUCAAGCCUGUAUUCCAGCAGAUGGAGAGACACAUCCUUGGACGGGUUCUCAACACUGCCAGCUUCCAUAAGACUGCAGAACGCCUCCUCCAGUUCUCUGACAAAAAGAAGUCAGAGGAGGUCAUUGAGAAGAUGUUUGCUAUGUCCAAGAAGCAGGGCAAGGGUAAAGGGGGGAAGAAAAUGAACCUUGGGGAGAAGCUUUCUGAGAGUCUACCUGACAUUUUUGCACAGAUUGAAGUGAAUGAAAAGAAGGUGAGACAGAAAACUUCAAAGCGUACAUAUGAGGAUAGUCCAGAGGAGGGAGACGCAGACUCAAGGGCUUUUAUAGAUUAUACAGACGGUCGCAAAUACAGAAAGGGCGGCUUUGUCAAGGGCCGCAAAUACAAAGAGGUUCACAUGGUGGCCACAGCAGGGAGCGAGGGUCUCCCCAGCACAGCCUCCUACAUAAGACUCUUCCUCCUUCUGAACACUGCCACCUUCUUUUUACUGCUGGCUGUGUUACUAACUCGCUUUCAGAGGGGUCGAAGCUUACACACACAGAGGUGUUUCUACACCAUCCUUCUGAUCGACUGCUUCAUCUUACUGUACCUCUACUCCUCCUGCUCUCACACACAGUGUUAACAUCGUGAGCGGGUGAGGGGUUGUCUAGCUACAGAUCGAAUGACCCGUUGUUCAUGGUGAACUAAAUGCACCCCACACCUCAGUCUGAGCCAGAUCUUACGACAGAAUAUUAAGUCCUCUAGUAGAAAAAAAUCUGAGAUUUCAUGAAAAAGAAGAAUUUGAAAUAAUUUGGAGAAAGGGUUGAAAUGUUAGAACAAUAAAGUCAUAAUUUUACAAGAAAAAGUUAUUAUAUUUCAAGACUAAAGUUCUACAUUUACAAGAAAAAAUGUUAAUGUUGAUAAAUCUGUGAUUAUAAAAGAAAAAAGACAAUAUUUCAACAAUAAAGUCGUAAUGUUACAAGAUGCUUCUUUAUGGACUUUUUUUAUCUUAUUUGUACGCAGUCUGUCAGCUUGUCAAGUGAGAGAUGCAAAGGACCUGAGCUCAUAGGUUUCCUCUACAAACACGUUAUUGUCAUAUGAAACCAGUUACAUCAUGUGCCAGGAUGUGACAAUUUUCUCAAAAAAUUAUAAUAUUAUUCCUGUAAUAUUUUGAAUUUUUUCCCCCAAAGUUAUGACGUUAUACUCAUAAUAUGAUGAAUUUUAUUUUCAUGAUAUAAAUUUUGUUCUUAAAACAUUAUGACCUUUUAAUCUCUGAAUUUUAUGACGUUUUAAUUCUUCAUUUUGACUUUUUGUUUAACAUUAUGACUUUCUUUUAAUUACAGCUCAUAAUGAUGUGACUUGAUUUCUCAGUAUAUAACCUUUAUUCUCGUAAUAUUAUGACUUUUAUUCUCCUAGUAUUAUGACAUUUUCUUGUCAACUCAGUUUUAAUUAUAAAGCACAAAAUCAUAAAUUUGCCUCUUAUGGCCCAAAUUUGGGCUUAUGGAUAGUAAUUUAAAAAUUCCAACUUUACUCUUGUAAAAUUAUGAUCUCUAUUCUCAUAACGUUCUGACUUCUAUUCUCGUAAUUUCAUGAUUUUUCUAGAAAUCCCAACUUUAUUCCCAUAAUAUCAUCAGUUUUUUGCUCAAAAUAUUAUGAUUUUAUUCUUGAAAUCUCAGAUUUUCUUUUUCUAACAGUGGCUCUGAUACUUGUAAAAUCUACCUAAUGGGUGUUCAGGAAAAGCAACUAAUUCCAAAUAGGAAUUGAUGAAUUGCAUAGAUGAAACCAGAUCACCUCUGAUGUAAUAAGCUUCUGUGGAGCUUUAGAACUGAGUCUGUGUGAAGUUUGUUGUUUGUAGUGUUCAGAAGUCCUGCCUUGUAUCAAAGAUCUCAAGGUUAGCCACUAUAAUGCAGUCGCCACAGCUGUACUUGAGAUUUGUCCUGUCUACGUAGUUCAUAGAAAUACAUUUAAAUGUAUAUAUGUGAAAGCAAGAUAUAUUUUUAUGGUCUCUUUUUUACCAUUUGUGAAUAAAAUUACCACAUGCGUAGUUGUGCA